UGACAAAACCGAGCAACCUGUGUAUUAUACUUCGCGUACGCUAGUCAGCGCGGAAACAAGAUACUCCCCAAUAGAGAAGGCCGCCCUGGCAUUGGUAAGCGCGUCACAGAAGUUGCGUCCCUAUUUCCAAGCGCACCAGAUCACUGUCCUGACCAACCUCCCGCUAAAGAAGAUCCUAACUUCAAUGGAAUUGUCGGGGCGCAUGGUCAAAUGGGCAGUCGAACUCUCAGAAUACGAUAUCCAAUAUGCGCCGAGACCAGCAAUAAAAGCCCAAAUCCUAGCAGAUUUCAUCGCUGAAGGAGUCACCCUCGAAACAACACCAGAGGGGGUAUGAGAGGUUUACGUCGACGCAGCGGCAAGCAAACACGGUGCUGGCGCGGGAGUCGUCGUGCGCACACCCACAGGCGCCGUCCACGAAAUAGCAAUCAGGUUCAGAACGUUGAAGACGAAUAAUGCGGCCGAGUACGAGGCCAUCCUGGCGGGAAUGACUGCCACUCACGAAUUGGGCGCAAGAACGAUAAGGGUACUUUCCGACUCCUCUCUCGCAGUCAACCAACUGAAUGGAACCUUUGACGCAAAGGAAGACACACUUGCACAUUACAUGGAGCGCGUCAAGCUGCGGGCAGCCACCUUCGAGGCGGUAACUUACGUGCAAACACCGAGAGAGGAAAAUGUGCACGCCGACGCGCUAUCCAAGCUAGCGACCGCCACCGACUUCGAGACAACGCGUCUCGUGUCGGUCCAGAAGGAAGAAGAGGAAAAUCGCCAAGAAGUGGCGAUUAAUACCACCCAACUCAUGCUUGAUGAGGACUGGAGAACCCCAAUUGUGAAGUACUUGCAAGACGGUGCAAUACCGGAAGAUGCUAGAGAAGCGUGGACUUUGAGACAAAAGGCGGCCCGGUGCACACUCAUUGAAGGGGAGUUGUACCGACGGUCAUACUCGGGUGUCUACCUAAAGUGCAUCGGACAAGAAGAAGCGCGCGACAUGAUACGUGACCUACAUGAAGGGUUGUGCGCAAUGCACGCCGGCCCACGCAGCAUGGAGGGCACCAUUUUGCUGCACGGAUACUACUGGCCGCGAAUAAAAAAGGACACGAAGAAAUACGCGGACCAGUGCCACAAGUGCCAAGUUAACCCGCGUCAGCACCACCUCCCGUCCACCGAGGUCCAAGCCAAUCUGAGCCCAUGGCCUUUCGCGCAAUGGGGAGUGGAUCUCUUGGGCCCCUUCCCAACAGCAAAAGGAAAGCGCAAAUACAUCAUCGUGGCAUAGACUACUUCACUAAAUGGAUCGAAGCUGAGGCACUAGCAUCGAUAACGGCGCAGCAGGUAACGCGCUUCUUGAAGACCAAUAUCCUGUCGCGCUUUGGAGUCCCGAAUGCGCUCAUCUUCGACCAUGGGAAACAAUUUGACUGCGCUGAGGUAAUAGACUUCUGUGACCAAGUGGGAACCAUUGCAAGGUUUGCAUCGGUGGCUUACCCCCAAGCCAACGGCCAGGCCGAAUCCGCCAACAAAGCAAUCUUGCAUGGCUUGCACACCCGCCUGGGCGAGGCCAAAGGUAAUUGGGCUGACGAACUCAACACGGUAUUAUGAGCACACCGCACCACGUACAAAGUGGCAACAUGUGAGACUCCUUUCACGCUCACGUACGGUACCGACGCGGUGAUCCCCAUCGAGACAACAACCCCGACCUAUCGAAUCACGAUGUACAACGAAGAAACCAAUGAUGAGGCGCGCUUGCUGGACUUGGAGUUGGCGCAGGAAAGGCGCGAGUUAGCAACCAUUAAGCUGGCCGCAAUGAAGGAGCAUGUAGCCAAAUACCACAACAAGAAACUGGUCCCGCACAAGCUAAGCCUCGGAGACCAAGUACUGCGACGGAACUUCCGCCCCGGCCCCAAACAUAGAAAACUUUCCGCGGAGUGAGAGGGCCCAUACCUAAUCCGCGAAGUUGUCGGUGCCAACACUUUCAAGCUCAGCGAGCUGGGGGGGCAGCAAAAUUCCAAGAACGUGGAAUGCGCAAAACCUCAAGAAAUACCACCAGGCAACUUAAUGUGUACCUUGUUUGUAAUGGCGCAUUGUCGCAAAGAAAUAAAAAAAAAGUACACAGUUCGAAAGAACAAAAAAUAGCAAUAACUAAGAGUUAUUCGCGUCUUCACAGUUCGAAAGAACAAAAAGUAGCAAUAACCAAGAAGUUAUUCGCGCCAACACAGUUCGAAAGAACAAAAAAUAACAAUAACUAAGAGUUAUUUGCGCCAACACAGUUCGAAAGAACAAAAAGUAGCAAUAACCAAGAAGUUAUUCGCGCCAACACAGUUCGAAAGAACAAAAAAUAGCAAUAACUAAGAGUUAUUCGCGCCAACACAGUUCGAAAGAACAGAAAGUAGCAAUAACCAAGAAGUUAUUCGUGCCCCCAAAGUUCGAAAGAACAACAUAUAACAAUAACCACGAGUUAUUCGCGCCAACACCGCUCAGAAGAAUAAAAACAAUAGCGAUAA